UUUAAACUCAAAGUUACUAAAUACACGCAAAUAGAGGAAAGACGUUGCUGAUAGCUUUAUCAUACAGAUUCCAGCAUGGAAGAUGAGGAGUUCAACAGUAACAUACUUAACAAAAUUUUAAGGAAAGUUGUGCUUCCAGCACUUAUGUUAUGCUUCAAAACACAAUGGGAUAAAAAAUAUCCUGAUCAACCAUGGAGCUGGAGUCGUAAAUGUGUAAAGUUGUUGGAUGAAAAAGAAGAAGACAAAUUUCAAGAAAGACUCACAAACACUUCUGAUGUCUCAAGAAAACGACGCAUGGAAAGAAAAAGAGAACAAGUCUUAAACAAUAUGAAAUCUGAAGAGAGCUGGAACAAUGGUAAGUGGGACAUUGGUAAACUUGUAUAUGCACUUGUAGACUCUAAAUUGUUCAAAUUAGAUAAACCUGAUGAAAACGGUAAACCCUUAAGUGAACAUCUAACAGAAAUUAGAAUGUUGCGGAAUCAAAUGUCCCACUUAGAACAAAGAUAUGAUAAUGACACAACUGAAUCUGAAAUAAAGUCAUUAGAAGAAAAUAUAAAAAAUUUAGGAAUUCCACAAUCAGAUAUGGACAAUUCUAUCAAAGAGCUGCAAAAAAUAUCCACCGAAGAAAGGCCUGGCUGCAGUGAGGCUCUAAACAAGGUUAAAACAGAGAAUCAUAUAUUCAAGCUUGAGAAUGGCAAUCUAGCAAUACAGCUGAAACUUUACGAAAAUAUAAUAUCAUUUUCUAAGCAAGAACGUCGCCUAGAAAACAAGGCAAAGAAUAUGGAACAAAAAUAUAAUGGAGCAACAAAAGAAGUAAACAAACUAAAACAAAAAGUAGAUGAUACUGAAGAAGAAAAUGAAAGACUUCGUGAUGAAAUUCAAAGACUAAAACAUGAACUUGAGAAAGAAUCAGAAAAGUGGAAACUAGAGUAUUACAAGACAAAACAAGAAAAGGAUCAAAUCAAACAACAUGCUGAUGAUCUUGAAUCAGAAAAUGAAAAACUAUAUGACAAUAUCCAAACUGAGAUAAGAAACCUAAAACUCAUAUUAUAGUGUAUAGCUAUAUUAUUAGUGACUGUUGCAUUGAAAUAACUGUGUUACAGUGUACAGUAGACCUUAGAUAUAGCAAAUGCAUCUGAACUGGUCAAAACAGGAUUUGUAUAUAUCUGUUUGGUUUGAUUAAGAAUUCAGUACCAUUCUACAAUAUGUAUUGAAUUAUAUAUGUGUCUUUUUCAAGCA